CAAAAUGGCGGAAGCCARUGGCAUCGAUUUGUUGUUAGAUUUUCACGUACAUUCUCUUUUUCCUUGACAAUGUUCGGUGGCUCAAACGAUCGUAAGAGUGARUCGAUUGUUUCCAAGGCUCAGGCUGCGAGACAGCAGCGAGCAGAGGAGAAAGCACGCGAGAAAGCGGCUUUGAAAAUCCAGUCAUGGGCAAGAAGAGUUAUCUGUGUUUGUAAAAUGAGAAGAGAAAUAAGGAAAGAGAUCGAUGUGUUUUUUGAUCAGGAAACAGACAAUACAAAUACACCAGCUGUUGAAGUGUUUCAAAAGAUCAGAAGGUUCCUUUUUAUUUUUCAAGAUAAGAAUGAUUCCAAGAGRUUUCUGAGUCUUUGUCGAAUUAUCCUUGCAAGUAUGGAGCAGAACAAUCCUAAGUUAUGGUAUAUAACAGUGGCUUUAUCACAAGAAUACAUUCUCCUAUGGAUCCAACAAAUCAAGAAGAUUUUAUGGCAUUGUUGCACAUUUAUGAGAAAGCUUAAGCCUCAUGUUGGAAAUGAUGCAAAGGCGAUUAGCAUCUAUCUAAACAUGCUGGUAACAUUCACAGACUGUUCCAAGUGGAAAAUAUGUCUUUCUAAAGGAGGAGAGGCACUAAAGCCAAGCCUGCAGCAACUGUGUUCUAAUGUCCUUGGCUAUUUGAACACAAGAGGUUUUUAUUCUGCCUUAAAGGAUCUCCUUUUAAAUGGUCUUGCACGUAAUGAUCCAUCUCUCAAGCUAGUGUCUUUGACUGCUGCUAUAACACUGUCCCUUAGGUCUCUUGUUCUUUCCAAGUUUUCUGACAACCUUUGYAGUUUAUUUAUUCUCAAUAUUCUUUCAAUUCCUGGUUUAGUUCUUCAUGUUUCUACAAUUGCACCAGAGAUUUUGAAGAGCUUUCAAARCCACAUGUUGUUCAGUAGAGUAAUUGAAUUCCUUUCUUCUGAACAAAAAAGUAGAAUAACAUUCCAUUCAUUGGAGUGCAGUUAUUCUUUGUGUUUAUUAGCCAAUGUGGUGUCACUUUCACAACUUGACUUAGAAGCUUUGAAAGCCAAUCUGAGAGGUUUUAUUGUUGUAGUGUCRCGAUCCCUUCUCUACUGUCAAUCAUAUGUUGCCAAGAAACAAAGUAGUCUCACCCACUGGCAUCCAAUACUGGGAUGGUUUAAGCAGCAAAAUGAUAAAAGAUUAAAUGAUUCAAUCCAUCAUGUGACCAAACAACUGCAGUUACUUUGGCAUCGCAAYAUGGUUGAAUUACUAUUUGAAGAUCUAAAAACAGUGACUGAAUUUGAAAAGCRAACACAAUCCAAAGAACAAAACAGGAAAGAAAGCAAAUCCCUGUGGGGUCGCAUUGGUUCUUUACAAAUUGUUGGCAAGACAAACACCAAAGUCAGUCAAUCCCAAGUGGAGUUGGUAUCUAAUGUAUGUGUCAUGUAUCAAACCAUGGUGACCACAUUCUCUUUAAUCAGACUGGAUAUCUUGACAGGACUGAGUUACCAAGAAGCAUUCCUUGUGAGGCUGUGGCGGUUUUUUGAGUUGAUUGGUAAUAAUGGCGGACCUGAGCUGGUGCUGAACAGCAUAUCAAAAUCUGGUGUGAAUUGUUCUCAAGCYUUACAGGCAACACUCACGCUGUUCUGUGAUUGUUGCAGCCAUCUUUUGCCGAUUGUGGAUGAUCAAGAAAUGUAUGAGCAGCAGAAACCAUUUCUCCUUGAAGACCUUGUACAUAUGUCGACAUUUUUAAACAAACUCGUGUUUAAGUUGUACUGGAAUGAGGUCAUUGAUGAUAAUAAGCCACAAAGUGUUAUUGCCGAAAGCCUUCUUAGUUCGUCGCGUACUCUUUUGGUUAUACUGUAUGACAGGGAUUGUCGAAGGCCAUUUACGCCACCAAACCACUGGCUUAUCAAAGAAGUCAAGUCAUCAACGUUUAAGUACGAGCUCGUGGAAGGACGACGAAGAGCAAYUACCAUCUUACAGAAAAUACCACAUGUCAUGCAGCAUAAAGAACGGGUACAAUUAUUCCGUGAGUUUGUGGCGAAAGAUAAAGAAGUCCUUGGAAUCACGAGACCCAACGAUGACUUUGUACCACAAGGAACUUUGAUUACAAUACACAGAAACCGCUUACUCGAGAAUGGCUACGAUCAACUGUCCACUUUGCCUAUAAAUGUCCUAAAAGGAAUCAUUCGAGUACGGUUCAUCAACGAACAGGGUCUACCAGAGGCUGGUAUCGAUCARGAUGGAGUGUUCAAGGAGUUUCUGGAGGAAACCAUCAAAAAGGCCUUUGAUCCUUCUCUUAAUCUGUUCAAAAUGACCACGGGUGACGAGCAGCGUUUAUACCCCUCGCCGACUUCGUUUAUUCAAGACAAUCAUCUGAAUCUUUUUGAGUUUGUUGGGAAAAUGUUGGGMAAGGCCGUGUAUGAGGGCAUCGUUGUAGAGGUUCCGUUCGCUUUGUUCUUUUUAAAUCAUGUCCUUGGUCACCAACAUAGCUCAUUGUACAGCUCCAUCGACGAACUCCCCUCGCUUGACCAGGAACUUUACAAGAGUUUAACCUUUGUCAAGAACUACGACGGCGAUAUUGGAGAUCUUGAUUUGACUUUUGCUUUUGAAGAAGAUGUAUUGGGAAAGGUUGUGACUCACGAACUGAAGCCAGGAGGAAGYGUAAUCCCUGUUACGCACGAAAACAAGAUUAGUUACGUCCACCUGAUGGCGCACUAUAGAAUGUGUGUACAAAACCAUCAGCAAACAAAGGCCUUCAUCCGGGGAUUCAAGUCCAUCGUGCGAUCUGAUUGGCUGCGUAUGUUCUCGGCCCCAGAGCUCCAACGUCUUAUUUCUGGCGAUAACACUGGGCUUGAUUUAUCUGACUUGAGAAAACAUACCCGUUACUAUGGCGGUUACCAUGGCAGCCAUCGUGUUGUGGUGUGGUUGUGGGAAAUCCUAGACAAGGAUUUCGACGACAAGGAAAAGUCACUAUUUCUGAAGUUUGUGACAAGCUGCUCAAAGCCACCUCUACUCGGAUUUGAACAUCUAGAACCGCCAUUUUCCAUUCGUUGCGUGGAAUGCAGUGAUGAUGAGGAUGAUGGGGAUACGGUAGGAAGUGUUCUUCGUGGAUUUCUUAACAUAAGACGGCGUCGUGAUCCAGUGGGCCGACUACCAACAGCAUCUACWUGUUUUAACUUAUUAAAAUUACCCAAUUACCGCAAGAAGAGCACCCUACGCGACAAACUGAGAUACUCUAUUCAAUGUAAUGCUGGCUUUGAACUGUCCUAAGAUAACAUGCACACAUCGUUUCGGUGGUCUGAAUCGAAUUAAUUCGUGCGCGUUUAAUACGGGGAAAAUAUUCGUGWUGUUUUUUUCUACAGUAAAAUAAUGUACGCCUUCGUGGUCGGUUUUCAAAACCAGCCUUAGCAUGGGACACSUAAGGAUGAUGGGAAAAUCCAAAAACUGAAAUAAUUCUCAAAAUAUGUCGUUUUCUUUGCAGACACAACUACAUGCACUUUACAUCUUGUGUCAUAAGCUGAAUAGAAAUAGUUUUCAGAAUCAUCACUGAAAAAUGUAAAUAAUAUGAAAGUUUUAUGAAAUUAAAUCAAUUAUCUUUAA